GGGAGAGAGAGAGAAGCAGUGCGGGUUCAGAGAGAAGAUCCACCCGCGGGAGAUGCAAACAUCAGCUCUGUUUUCUUUCGACAGCAGCAAAAACACGCACAGCUUCAGGGCCUUUUGCAAAUCAACAGAAAACUAACACACACCUCUGUGUGUUGCAGGACGCUGGGUGUGUGAGCACUGAAUCGGCCCCAGACAGCCAGUGAGGAGCUCAGGAUGCUGGCGGUUGCGGUUUGUCUACAGCUGUUUCUGGCCUCGGUUUUUAUGCAAAGCAUUGGUGAUAACUGGGGUGAGUGGAGUUCGUAUGGUGAAUGCAGUCGCAGUUGUGGCGGCGGGGUGACCAUGAGGAUGAGACGAUGUGUAACUCACAGGACUGAUGGUGGUCACAGCUGUGUGGGUCCAGAUAAGUCCUAUCGCUCAUGUAAUAUCCAGGACUGUCCUGAGGGUUCCAGGGAUUUCAGAGAAGAGCAGUGCUCUCAGUUUGAUGGCACUGAUUUUCAAGGGAAGCGCUACAAAUGGCUGCCAUACUAUGGUGGAGAAAAUCCCUGUGAGCUCAACUGCAUCCCCAGAGGAGAGAAUUUCUACUACCGGCAGAAGUCAUCAGUGGUGGACGGGACGCCCUGCCGGCCCGGUGGAAAGGACAUCUGUGUGGACGGACUCUGUAAGCGUCUGGGUUGUGAUAAUGUGCUGGAGUCGCCGCAGGAGGAGGACGCCUGUCUGCAAUGUGGAGGAGACGGACAGUCCUGCAGUCGGCUCAAAAACAGCUUCUCCAUGCGCAACCUGCCCAAAGGUUACAAUCAAAUGUUCAUCAUCCCUGUUGGCGCAACCACAAUCAGCAUCAAGGAAACUGUUCCCACGCGGAACUACCUCGCCAUCAAAAACCUGCGUGGCGAAUACUACCUUAAUGGCCACUGGGUGAUUGAUUUAUCUCGAGCGGCGUCCAUCGCUGGCACCGUGCUGCAUUACCAGAGGGGCAGAGAGGGAGAAAAGAGCCCGGAGAUCAUCACCGGCCGAGGCCCUACCACUGAGCCCUUAGUCAUAGAGCUGAUCACUCAAGAGGACAAUGAGGGAGUGGAUUAUGAGUAUUAUCUGCCUAACGGAGGCUCCACAGAGGGAUAUUACUGGAGCUAUGGCUCCUGGUCUGCCUGCAGCAAAGAGUGCGGCUCAGGAUACCAGUCCCGUCUGGUCUUCUGCACGUUUGAAGAUGAGGCGUACUCUGAUUAUCUGUGUGCGUCGCUCCCUCGACCCCUCAGUAACCGCACAUGCAACGAACAGCAGUGUCCACAAACCCGCAGGAUGGCGUAUGUAUACGAGGCGCAGUUGUGGAGGCCCACGGAAACACCACCAGUCUAUGUACAAGUGUACAGCUGGACGGCUGGCGAGUGGAGCCCAUGUCCAGUGACGUGUGGUGGGGGUCUUCAGGCCAGAAGAGUGGAGUGUAUGUCACAUGACUCCGCAGGAUCACGAUUGGUUGAGGACUCUCAGUGUACUGCUUACACUCCCAGACCUCUCAGCCAGCAGAAUUGCAACAUGCAGAAAUGUGCUCAGUACAGCAUUUACAGCUGGAGCCAGUGCUCUGUGACGUGCGGCUCUGGGAAACAGACGCGUGAUGUGGUGUGCAUUGGUUCAGACGGAGCUUCUUUGGAGGAUUACGCAUGUGGGAACCAACCAAAGCCCCCUAGGGAACAGAUCUGCGAGAUGCCCAUGUGCAGGAGCCCCAUUGCCUGGCAUAUAGGAGACUGGGGCCUGUGCUCUAAAAGCUGUGGCUCGGGGCUGCGGGAACGGCAGGUGAUCUGUUCAGACAGACAGAGAAACCUGUAUAGGGUGGAGGAGUGCCAGGGCAAACCCAAACCUCCCACCGUAGAGAGCUGCAACGCCCAGCCUUGCUACAGGCCUCAGGAGGUUCCCAGCAUGCAGGACCCAACAGGACAUGAUAACACCCUUCAUGGCUUCAUGCCGUAUCUUGAGGAUCCCUCGCUAGAAAUCCCUCAAAACAAUGCAGCCCACAGUCCUCACGGCACAACCCUCACUCCUCACUGUAGCCAGACUCACUACGGCUGCUGUCCUGAUGGAAGAACCCUAGCUAGUGGACCACAGCACCAGGGCUGUCCCCAAGACCAGGGCCAACCAUCCUGCACAUGGAGCAGGUACGGCUGUUGUCAUGAUGGUGUAACUGUAGCCCAGGGCCCAAACAUGGAGGGAUGUUCAGAUGCCUGGCCACACUGGUCUUCAUCAUCAGAGACCGUAACAUCUGCACCCAUAGACUGUCACUCAUCCACCUACGGCUGCUGCUAUGAUGGUGUGACGGCCGCUGGUGGGACUCAUGGGGAAGGGUGCUCCAACCCCCCCAGCAACACACAACGUUCUCUGUCCUGUGACCUACCCAAUACGGUCGGGCCAUGCGAUCAGUGGACGUCCCGUUACUACUUCGACCGCUCCGCCUCACGCUGCUUGCACUUCUGGUAUGGUGGCUGCCAUGGCAACAGCAACAAUUUCGCCUCAGAGGAGGAAUGCCAGAAGAUGUGCCUGAGAUCAGAACUAAGGCAGCGGGUCCAGGCGCAUGUUUUGUCUUUGCAGCAGGAUAGACGUCGUUUCCCUGCGCACCUCCAACACAGCUCUAGUGGAGCAAACCGUGCACAGCGGGCUCACCAGCCAGCCUCCAGUGCCAUGCAGCAGAGCAACCCGGCUGCCAGUUGGACGGCUGUAGGUGUGAGUAUAGACAAGACGGAUCCCUCCACGGUGGAGGGGCUGGUUGGUCAGCGGGUGGUGUUGCCCUGCAGGGUGACCCCACCGCCCUCCUCCACUGUACUUGUGGAGUGGAGGCGUGAUGGUGUCCCUGUCGAUGCCACUAGGCAUCAGCAGCAGUUGGAUGGCUCUCUGUUGGUGGGUCCCAUAACACUGCAGGACUCUGGCUGGUUUCUGUGUGUGGCCACAAGAGGGCAUGAAAGAGAUCACCGCUACAUUUACCUGUCUGUGUCAGGAUCAUCCCAAAACAAUGCAGGAAUAUCAGAGGGGGAUUCUUCACAGUCGUACACAUCACAGUCAUCUUCCAGGUUUAACAUUGACUAUUCUCCGCUGGUUGAGGCUCGAGCGGGUCAGACAGCCAAAUUGCAGUGUUCUGUUCUGCCAGUGUCUGCCAUACAUGCGGUCACUAUUCACUGGAGCAGAGCUGGACAGCCACUCAACUCACUCAGGCAUUCUCAGCACUCUGACGGCACACUGGUGAUCAAGCAGCUGACCGCAGAGGAUUCAGGACUUUAUACCUGCACAGUCACAGAUGCACAGAAGUUUGAGGAGCGUCAGGUCCAGCUCAGAGUUCUGGGGGAUCUCAGGAUCACUAGAGCCCCCAUAGAUGUGGAUGUGGUGCAGGGCAGCACUGCUCAACUGGCCUGCGUCGUGACUGGAGAAAACGUGAGCGUCGGCUGGUCAAGGAAUGGUGUACCAGUGCGGCCGGAUGGACAUCGUGUUCAUGUGUCUGCAGACGGGACGCUCACACUCAAUAAUGUGCAGUCAGUGGACGAGGGCACGUACACCUGCAACGCCUACACGGGGACGUUAUCCGUCAGCGCAGCGGCUGAAAUACGACUGGCCAAAACCCCUCAACAAGAUACAGACGGGGGUCAGUUUUCUUCAUCAGACUGUGUUGAUCAGCCUGAACUGGCGAACUGUAAGCUGAUUGUUUACGCGCGUCUUUGCUCCAGCCCGUAUUACUCCAGUUUCUGCUGCUCCAGCUGUGCCAGAUACACCACAGACAGACUCAGACGUACACACAGCAGAUAGACUAGCAGACGGACAUUCACACACACACACAUCUGCUGACCAACGCUGACCUCAGAUCUCACAUUCACUCAAACAGCUGCAUUUAAUACUGUAGAUCACUGUUUAUUUAUCUGUUUCAUACAGCAUCUGUGGGCAUUUUGUGUGUUUUAACGAAUAAAUGAAUGUUCUCUUUGGAUAA